UCGGGGGGCUCCUGGCUCCCCCACCCCCGGCACUGGUGCCCAGUAACUGGGGGGGCGGGACUUGGGCUGUGGUCGGGGCAACGCCGGCCACGUGAUGAGGGGGCCGCCCUCCCGGCUCUGCGCUGCGCGCCGCCGCCCGGCUGCCUGCUGGCGGAAACCCUGAGAGUCCGCCCCGGAGUGGCGCCCCGCCAGCCCGGCCAGCGCCCUGUAAGGACUGCCAGGCCAUAAUGAAGGUUCUUCUGCUGAAAGACCCCAAGGAGGACGACUGUGGCCAGGACCCCUACGUCAGGGAGCUGGGAUUAUAUGGGCUCGAAGCCACUUUGAUCCCUGUUUUAUCGUUUGAGUUUCUGUCUCUCCCCAAUCUGUCAGAGAAGCUGUCUCAUCCCGAAGGUUACGGGGGACUCAUUUUCACCAGCCCCAGAGCGGUGGAAGCCGUGGAGCGGUGUUUGCAGAAAGACACUAAAGCCGAAGUCUGGAAAAAGUCUCUGAAAGAAAAAUGGAACGCUAAGUCGGUCUAUGUGGUGGGAAAUGCUACUGCUUCUCUAGUGAAUAGAAUUGGCCUGCAUACAGAAGGAGAGGCCUGUGGAAACGCAGAAAAGCUUGCAGAAUACAUUUGUUCCAGGUGUUCCCGCCAGCAUCACGUUUUUCAGUCCCUCUGGCCUGACACACAGUCUCAAGCAUAUUCAAGAGUUGUCUGGUGACAGCAUUGGCCAAAUUAAGAAUUUCCAUGCGAAGUCAAAGCACCCCUGACCUCGCAGAGUCCCUGAAGGCAGCUCUGGAGAAAAGGCAGGGCUGGACUUCCCUGCAGCCAGCCCUCAGGACUGCGCUUCCUCCGCAGGGGGCUGGAGUUCCAUCCCUGAUCCAGGAAGGCCUCGUGCUGUGCGUGCGUGCGGCCAGCCCUCAGGACUGCGCUUCCUCCGCAGGGGGCUGGAGUUCCAUCCCUGAUCCAGGAAGGCCUCGUGCUGUGCGUGCAGGCCCCUGCUCACAGCUCACAGGCCACCUCCUGGCUGGUGCUCUUGGACAAGUUACUUAACCUCUCUGAGCCUGUGCAACAUGAGGAUGAUUAUCGCUUUGUGGUCUUCACAGACACGUGUAUGGUCUUCGCUGAUAGGUUCAUUGAAAGAACUCAAGUCAAGCCCUUAGCUCAAGUCCUGGCUCGGUUAUUAGCAUGCUUCCCCUUGUUUCCCGUCUGUCUUGAAAUUAUCUGUUCUAAAAUCCUUUCUCCUUUUCAUGGUUUUUAACUCAAAAGGAUUUCCAUUCGUACUCUAGGAGUUGGCAAGUAAUCCCAGCACUGUAAUGGGGAUGCUCUUAAAGGGCCCGAAGAGGACUGGGGAAGGGGUACCGGUGUGACUGGGAGUCCCCAGCACAGGCCCCAGCACUCCUGGGGGUCGGGACUGUCUCUGCCUUAUAGACUGGUUCCCCACUCCCACCCCACCCCCAGGGAGGUGCCCAGAGCCGGAACACUGGCCUUAGCGCUGGGCUGUUGGGGGCCUGGUGGAGAGUGGGCUGCCGUGCUCCAAGGGCGCCGUCCACAGCCUGGGUCCAUCCCCGCGGGCUCUAUGGGUCCAUCCCCGCGGGCCGUGCGGGUCCAUCCCCGCGGGCCGUGCGGGUCCAUCCCCACGGGCCAUGCGGGUCCAGCUCCCUGGACUCUGUGGGUCCAGCCAGGCCCCUGGUGAUGAGUCUCACAGCAGGGCUCUCUAGACGCCCCCCUGCUCAUGUGACCAGCCAUUUCAGGGGGAAAAAAAGGCUCAUGUGGAAACGUCAUCUUGUGACCAGAUUGCUUCUGCUGAAAUUAUGCUUGCUAUUGGCUGGUUCCCAACUUCAGGGUGUUUCUUUCUUUCUUUUUUUAAUGUUCGUUUAGAGGAAAAAACAGCUUUAUUGAGAUAUAAUUCGCACACCAUGAAAUUCACUUUUUAUGACUUAAAUAUGUACCUUUUAAAGUGUGCAAUUCAAUGGGUUUUGGUAAAUUCACAGGGCUAUGCCACCAUCACCCUCUCAUUCGGAAACACUUUAAUACCAUGAAAGGAACCACAUGCCCAUGAGAGUCACUCCGCAGCCCCCCAGCCACCACUGGUCUUCUCCCUGUCUCUGCGGAUCUCCCCGUGUUCUGGCCUUCUUGUGCAAACGGAGUCACACUGUGUACAGUCUGUGGUGACUGGCUCGUUUCACUUGGCCUGAUCGUUUCAGGGCUCACCCGUGUCGCCAUAUAUCAGUUCUUCAUUCCUCUGUGUUACCAGACGACAGUCCAUUCUGCGAAUAUACCACCUUUCAUUUAUCCAUUCAUCAGCUGAUGGACAUUUGGAUUGUGUCCUCUUUUGAGCCAUCAUGAGUAAUAGCUGAACACUUAAGUACACGUGUGUGAACACGUGUCUUUAUUUCUCUUAAGUGUAUACCUAUGAGGAGAGUUGCUAGCUCAUAUGGUGAUGUUAUGUUUAACAUUCUGAACAGUUGCCGAACUGUGUUCCAAAGUGGCUGUACCAUUUUGCAGUCCCACCAGCAAUAUAUAAGGAUUCUAAUUUCUCCAUAUCCUUGCCAACCCUUGUUAUUUUUUUUGUCUUUAUGAUUACAGCCAUUCUAGUGGGUAUGAAGUACUUUCUUAGUGGUUUUGGUUUGGAUCUCCCUAAUGACUAAAGACACUGAGCAUCUUUUCAUGGGCAUGAUGGCCGUUUUGAUACCUUCUUUAAAAACUUUUUUUCUGUAUUUAUCUUUGCUUUACAAUAUUGGUUUGAUUUCUGUCAUACAUCAACAUGAAUUAACCUUAGUGAAGGUCAUUCAGUCGUGUCUGACUCUUUACAACCCCAUGGAUCAUACAGUCCAUGGAAUUCUCCAGGCCAGAAUACUGGAGUGGGCAGCCUUUCCCCUCUCCAGGGGACCUUCCCAACCCAGGAAUUGAACCCAGGUCUCCCGCACUGCAGGCGGAUUCUCUCCCAGCUGAGCCACAGGGAAGCAGUCUCCACAACACAUCUGUCCCUUCCCUCUUGAAGCUCCCUCCCCGCUCCCGCCCCGUCCCACCCCUCUAGGUUAUCUCGAGCGCCAGUUUGAGUUUCCUGAGUCAUCCCGUUUUGGUAUCUUCUUAAGGGAAGCAUCUGUUCACAUCCUCGCCACUUUUUAACUAGGUUAUUUGUCCUUUUGGUGUUGAAUUGUAAGAGUUCUUUUUUUUUUUUUUUGGAGGCAAGUCCCUUAUUAGAUACAUGAUUUGCACAAACUUCUUCCCAUUCCAUGAGUUGUCUUUCUGCUGUGUUGAUGGGGUUCUUUGAGGCACAGAAGUGUUUUUUAACCAGUGUUUUAUUUUGCUGCUUGUGGUUUUCAUCAUAUGUCUGCAUUGCCUCGUCCACGGUCAUGAAGAUUCACUGCUGUGUUUUCUGUUGUAUUUUUAGCUCUGACAUUGAGGUCUCUGAUCCGUUUUGAUUUGAGUUAAUGUUUGUGCAUGGUGUGAGGUAGGGGUCCAACUUCAUUCUUUUGCCUUAGGGAGGUCUCUUA